UGAUACGACGGCUCAACAGACAGCAAGGCUAUGAGAAUAUAAAUCUUCAUUAUAUAAUAAUAUCACGAGAAUCGUGAUGCAAAAGCUGCAGGAACGAGUACACGCUUAAGUGUCUCGAGCACUGCUCUGUGUCGUUGACUGCUGUUGGCUGUUACGGAAACCUUUGAAAAGUGGAAAUCCCACAAAAACGUCCGUUAAAAAUGGAGAGAGAACCAGUCAGCAAAUUUUCCCAAUUGAAGGCGAUGAUAUCUAGGAAUAUCAUAUUGAAAAAACGAGCCGGAAGAAAAACCAUAGCCGAAUGCCUUAUGCCUAUUUGGUUCUUGGUUUUUUUGGUGCUUUUAAAAUCACUACUACUAGAUCCGAAUUUCGACCCCAUUUUUACGGAACCUGCAGAUACACCGAUAGGACUUGAUUUCGCCAUAAACCAAUUAAACGAAAAUACAUCAUAUACGCUAUACAUCGUUCCAAAUACAUCGGAAACCCGUAGGUUUGCUGACCUUAUGCAAGAAUACUGGUCGUCGGAAAUCAGUUGGCCACUUCCUGGACAAGGACCAUUCCUGCCGUUGAGUUUUGUUUUUCUCGAAACGGAGGAGGAGCUGGUGGCAACCUACGCAAACGAUACACUGACAAUUCCAGUCAAGCUGGCUAUAGUUUUUGAUGAAAAUCCAUUACGGAAAAUGUCUUACACUGUUCGGAACCAUCCAGAUUUAGCGCCGCUAGCACUUCCUAGUAGGCUUUAUGCGGCUGGUGACGCCUGCAGAAAUCCAAACGCAAGCGCCAUUUAUCCAGAAUACAACGCAUUUGGCAGCUGUCCGAUCAACUCUUACUUCUUCAGCAACUUUUUGAUUGUACAAAGCAUUGUAGAGGGGACGUGGUUAAAGUUUAAAAUGCCGGAUGUGGAAGUUCCCGUCCCCGUUUAUCUCAAACACUUUACUAUGCAACUGUUCCCUAAAGGUCCCUAUAUUGACGAAUCUUCGCUUCUGGUGCUUCGCUACCUCGUCCCAUUUUAUAUGGUUCUUUCGCUCUCCCAAUUCAUCCUGUAUUUACUAACAGUGAUUGUUGGCGAGAAAGAAAAAAAAAUCAAGGAAGGGUUACGUAUGAUGGGCCUUAGCGAUUCCGUUUAUUGGCUGUCGUGGUUCCUCGUUUACAUGGUAUUCGUCAUUGUUUUGACUUUAGUUGCAACUGGUGUGCUUUACGGAAUGAAAGUCUUCCAAAAAUCGAACGUGGGACUGAUCUAUCUUUUGUUCAUUCUUUACGACAUUUCGAUCCUCAUGCUAGCCUUUUUAAUGACAACGUUCUUUGAUAAAGCUAGAGUAGCUGGAAUUUUUGGUGCUAUGGCAGUUUCUUUCUUGAACUUGUUUUACUAUAUUCAAGUAGCAACGGGAGACGCGACGCCGACGUGGCUUUAUUGGUUUUUAGGGCUGAUCUCCCCAACUGGUUUUGCGUUAGGGAUGGAUAAGGCUUUACUGCUAGAAAUCACAACACCGAAUGGCGUAACUGUGGAUUCCUUGUGGGAGGUACCGGGUCUUCCCCUUGCUGGCUCAUACAUUAUGCUCAGCUUUGAUAUUGUCUUUUAUUUUUUACUGGCCUACUACCUCGAUAACGUUCUACCAAGUGAAUUUGGCGCCAAACGAUCUCCAUAUUUCUUUUUGCUCCCGUCAUUUUGGCGUAAGUCGCAAAAGAAAAACAACACUGAUGGUCAAAUCAACCACGGCUUUGGCAGUGACGAUGAUUCUGCAGGAAAUGAAGACCUUGAGGCGAUUCCUGAAUCGUUGCGGGGCAAAGAAGUAUUGAGAAUUCGAGGCCUUACGAAAACAUUUCAAUCUUUCCGUAGACCAAAGAUGACGGCUGUGAAUGGCUUGAAUCUUGAUGUGUACGAGGGGCAAAUAACAGCCAUUCUGGGACACAAUGGGGCAGGAAAAACUACGCUUUUCAACAUGCUAACUGGCAUGACAUCACCUACCAAAGGGUCUGCAUUUUUAUAUGGAUAUGACCUCAGUGACUCGAACCAACUAGAAGAAAUUCGUCGCAUGACCGGUAUUUGCCCGCAACAUGAUGUACUUUUCGAUUUACUGACACCAGUUGAGCACCUCGCUUUCUAUGCUAAAAUCCGAGGAGUCAGGGAGGAUUUAUUGAACGAUGAAGUAGAAAAGGCUCUGAAAGAUAUUGACUUAACUUCUAAAAGGAAUACCCCAGCCGGAAAACUUAGUGGCGGACAGAAAAGGAAGCUUUCGAUCGGCAUCGCCUUAAUUGGAGACCCUAAGAUUGUAUUUUUGGAUGAACCAACAGCUGGAGUGGAUCCUUAUUCCAGGCGUCACCUCUGGUCGCUUUUACAGGAACGAAAAGCCAACAAGGUGAUUCUGCUGACGACCCAUUUUAUGGACGAAGCUGAUCUACUAGCAGAUCGCAAGGCUAUUGUUAGUAAAGGAAAAUUGCGCUGCAUGGGAUCUUCCCUCUUUCUUAAAAAUCGGUUUGGCGUUGGUUAUCAUCUCACAUUCGUCUUGAACGAGUCUUUCCGUGACACGGACGCUGUCCGCAAAUUAGUAGAAAGCUACGUCGAGACGGCCAAAUUUAACCGCCAUUAUGGCCGCGAACUAAGUUACGUUCUACCGCGCCAGUGUGUCGCUUCUUUCCCACCGCUCUUUUCCAAAUUGGAAUCUCUCGUCCAUUCAGGAGAAGCUAACGAAAUGGGGUUUAACUCCUACGGUGUUUCCAUGACAACUUUGGAAGAGGUAUUCUUGAAACUUGGCGAAGAAGCUGAACUUGCAGAAGAAGCUAUAGAAUUAGCGGCAAUGAAAUCCAAAGGAGAAGAUGAGAAUAAUCCCAACGCAACUUGGGAACUGCUCAACAAGCUAGAUGUCCCGAUACGAGAGUCGCACAGAGGCCAGACUCUAAGAGCCCUUUUGAAAGUUCGUGGUAUGAAUAUGAUUCGAGACCCUAUGGCUGUGUUCUUUCAGGUCGUUAUGCCAGUUGUCUUCGCUGCCUUGGGCAUUUGGCUCGGCACGCUCGCCAUCGGAAGCACAGUAGAGGAAAAGCGUUCAUUCAAUUUUGAUUUGUACGGAGGUCAACUUGAUUCGUCCUCAUUGCUAUACUCGGAGAUGGAAGACACUGGGAUGUCCUCGUUCUGGACAGAAUAUGUGCAGUUUAAUGGUUUCAAUUUAGAACCAUAUUCCGGGGAUUUCCCCGAUAUUCUUAAUCUCUUUUUAAAGAAUCAAACGUCGCACUGGGCUGCGGUUGACACGCAAGAAACCUAUUCGUUAGAUAGGUUGAAUGAAACUUGGUUCGAAGGAACGUUGCCGGAAAACGUGAACAAUCCGUUUCCCUACAAGCAUACCCGGCUGCGUCUUAAUGACACUCUGAUCCAUAUCCCGCCAUUGAUGAUAAACUCUAUUUCGAACGCCCUUCUACAGUUACACAAUGUAGCAGAAAACAUUUCGUUAUCAGUUCAUCCACUACCGUAUACUAGUCCACCAGGUAGUGGUUUCGAUCCAGGAUCUUUUACGUCUGCAAUGUUUAUUGGCAUGUUGUUUGUUUUGGCUCCGUCAGCUCUUGCAUGCGAAGUUGUUCUUGAUCGUGAGAUCCAUGCAAAAAAUCUUUUGCGCGUUAACGGCUUGACUUUCGGUCAGUACUAUGGCAGCUUCUUCAUCGUGCUUGGGUCUAUGAUGGUGACUACCUGCAUUUUGAUUCUCUUACUCAUCUUCGCGUUCCACCUGCAGGCCUUAAUUACUCCGGUGGCUAUUAGCCUCUUAGCCAUUCUUUAUAUUCUAUUUUGCCCAGCUGGAAUUUUAUUUGCAACCUGUUGCUCCUAUCUCUUCAAAACCUUGGAAUCAGCCCAGUCGAUUUUUCCGAACGUCUCGACUAUCAUCGGUUUCAUCCCUUUUCUUGCUGUGAUCUUGUGUGAUAUGUUUCAAACAGGAGGGUCGACGGAAUUGGCGUCUGCACUGCAUAUAGGAUUCUGUUUCAUCGAUGUUCUCUACAUCCCUUAUGGAAUUUUAUAUUACGUCAAUCGGAUCUACUAUCUUUGUCUCUUGACACCCAACGUUGGAGAGAAUCCCGUAGACUUUUGUAAUAACUUGUCCUGGAGCGACUACAUGACUCCUGAAAUAGUAGCAAUCUUUGCGGCGCUGAUAAUUCACAUCUCAGUUUACUAUUUCCUCCUCAUCAUUAUUGACAUCAAACACGCUGGCGGUUCCGCUAGAGACGCAUUUUCUUGUUUUAAGCAAUCCAAGCCAAUGAGAAGCCAAAUGGACAGCAACGCACUUGUAGCAGAGGAAUACAUAGGUGGAGGAGAUAGCGACGUCCAAGCAGAAAAUCUACGAGUUCAGAAAAUUUUGUACGACCCACACACAAGGCCCGAAGAGACACCUGUCGUAUUAAUACAAGGUCUACAUAAAAACUAUUAUAGCACUGCUGGCAACUCAUCUGGGGGAUGUCGCAGAGGUGUAAAAACAAACGCGUCGGUCAAUCCGGCCGUCAAUUACAUGUCUUUUGCAGUACAGUCUGGCGAAGUGUUCGGACUCCUCGGUCAUAAUGGAGCUGGAAAAACUACAACGAUGAAAGUCAUUACAGCUGAAGAAGCUCCCACUAGUGGAAGGGUUCAAGUUGAUGGACACGACAUCGUCUCCAAUCAAUCGGAUGCUUUUCAAGCCUUAGGCUACUGCCCACAGCAUGAUGCUUUAUGGCGGAAUAUCACGGUUCGGGAGCACAUGGAAGCCUAUGCAAAUAUUCGCGGAAUAGACCCAUCCCAUAUUACCCGAAUUGUGGACCUAUUCCUGUCCGGUUUACAAAUAAAACAACAUGCGGAUAAAUACGCGAAAAACUGUUCGGGUGGCACUAGACGAAAGCUGAGUUAUGCCUUAUCCAUGCUCGGUCGCCCGGCUAUUGUUCUGAUGGAUGAACCAAGCACUGGAAUGGAUCCACAGUCUAAACGCUUCCUUUGGAAUACUAUCUCCGCUUCAUUUCAAGGUAAAAGAGGUGCCAUACUGACGACACAUUCGAUGGAAGAGGCCGAUGCGCUCUGCUCCCGAUUGGGAAUCAUGGUUAAGGGUGAACUUAGGUGUAUUGGUACUGGACAACAUUUAAAGAAUCGUUAUGGGAGCGGUUACCUGCUUGAACUCAAACUUAAAAGUUUAAGUUCAGAGACGAGCGGAUCAGCAUCCUUUACUGACGUAGACACCUCCCGAGCUCAGCGAAAAGAAAACUUGAUCCAAUUCAUUAAUAGCCUUUUUACUUCCGCUCACGUACAAGAGAGUUUUGAAGAUAGGGUCAUUUUCGGUAUAGCUCAGGACAACAUAUCUUCACUCGCUGAAACGUUCCAAGCUUUAGAAAAAGCUCGUGAAAAUCUAUCAAUAGAGGAAUAUAGUUUCAGCCAAACCACGCUGGAGCAAGUUUUCAUCAAAUUCGCUCACGAACAAGAAGAAGUAGAUGAAUAGAAAAAGAUUAGAAUGUUAAGCAGAUGCAACUAUAAAUUGUUUAUUACCUUUAGUUGUUUUC